CAGUCCAGGUAAGGCCUUGCUACUUUGUGGCUGGAGACUGUGUCUUGCCUUCUGCCCUGAAUUCAUCAGUAACUUGGGAAAGGGCUGUUUCGGAGCAGACCUGGGCUACCUCAGUGUUGGGGAAGGGCUUUGUCUUGCAGGCUGGCUGUGGGUUGCUUGCCUAGGAGUGUCUUUCCUGAAUUUGCAAGGGGCUUGCUUCCGGGUUUGAGUUUACAUGUGCCUGUGACCAAGUCUUGGAGGAAAGGUCCUAUCGUAGAGUCUGUGGGUGGGUUCACUGUGUCUGUCCCCGUCGUUGAGAUUUUUUUUUUUUUGUCUGGUAUAUAUGCCUCUUGGGGCCUCUAUUUAUCUGUCAGGGUCUCCGAUGGGAAGGUCUCUGAACCUGCGGUCUAACUCAGCCUUAGAACAUCACUCCUGCUACCAAUCCAAAAAUUCCAUCUGGGACAAGUCUCCCAGGAAUGGCAUAGGUGGGAGGGGGCCUCUGUCCAGGACUCAGGCGCUGGCUUUGCGGGGUGUCUGCUUGGGGGCCUCAGUCUGUGUUGGGGGCCUCAGUCUGUGUAAGUCUCCCUAGGCAGCUGCUCUAGGGCUUGGUCUGGAGGAGCCACUUCUCUCUGGCUCUGGCCGCCUGGGGAUCCCUGCAGCUGAGGCCAAGGCUGGGGUGUGGCCGCCUCGGCGGCAGGCCGGCGGGCUGGGCUCGGGUGGGCCGGGGUGCUCCCUCCCUUCCACGGCCCCAUCCCGGGUUCCCCCGUUGAUCGCCCCCCCAAUCCCUAUCCCAGCGGGUCCCGGCUUCCUUACAUGGUCACGGCCGGGCUUCCAGCUCCCGGACGUCCCCCGCCCCCCGCCCCCACCGGACACGGCCCCCGCCCUGCUCGCCCCGCGCCACCCGCCCGCGCCCCGCCAUGGAGGACCUGGACGCCCUGCUCUCUGAUCUGGAGACCACCACCUCACACAUGCCAAGGUCAGGGGCUUCCAAAGAGCGCCCUGCAGAGCCUCUCACCCCUCCCCCACCCUAUGGCCACCAGUCACAGACAGGGUCUGGGGAGUCUUCAGGAGCCUCGGGGGACAAGGACCACCUGUACAGCACGGUAUGCAAGCCUCGGUCCCCAAAGCCUGCAGCCCCGGCGGCCCCUCCAUUCUCCUCUUCCAGUGGUGUCUUGGGUACUGGACUUUGUGAGCUAGAUCGGUUGCUUCAGGAACUUAAUGCCACCCAGUUCAACAUCACAGAUGAAAUCAUGUCCCAGUUCCCAUCUAGCAAGGUGGUUUCAGGAGAGCAGAAGGAAGACCAGUCUGAAGACAAGAAAAGACCCAGCCUCCCUUCCAGCCCAUCUUCUGGCCUCCCAAAGCCUUCUGCCACCUCGGCCACUCUGGAGUUGGAUAGACUGAUGGCCUCACUCUCUGACUUCCGCGUUCAAAACCACCUUCCAGCCUCUGGGCCAACACAGCCACCAGUGGUGAGCUCCACGAAUGAGGGCUCCCCAUCCCCACCAGAGUCGACUGGCAAGGGCAGCCUAGACACCAUGCUAGGGCUGCUGCAGUCUGACCUCAGCCGCCGGGGUGUUCCCACCCAGGCCAAGGGCCUCUGUGGCUCCUGCAAUAAACCUAUUGCUGGACAAGUGGUGACUGCUCUGGGCCGCGCCUGGCACCCCGAACACUUCGUUUGCGGAGGCUGUUCCACCGCCCUGGGAGGCAGCAGCUUCUUCGAGAAGGAUGGAGCCCCUUUCUGCCCCGAGUGCUACUUCGAGCGCUUCUCCCCAAGAUGUGGCUUCUGCAACCAACCCAUCCGACACAAGAUGGUGACCGCCUUGGGCACCCACUGGCACCCAGAGCACUUCUGCUGCGUCAGUUGCGGGGAGCCUUUCGGAGAUGAGGGUUUCCACGAGCGCGAGGGCCGCCCCUACUGCCGCCGGGACUUCCUGCAGCUGUUCGCCCCGCGCUGCCAGGGCUGCCAGGGCCCCAUCUUGGAUAACUACAUCUCGGCGCUCAGCGCGCUCUGGCACCCGGACUGCUUCGUCUGCCGGGAAUGCUUCGCUCCCUUCUCGGGAGGCAGCUUUUUCGAGCACGAGGGCCGUCCAUUGUGCGAGAACCACUUCCACGCACGGCGCGGCUCGCUGUGCGCCACGUGUGGCCUCCCCGUGACCGGCCGCUGCGUGUCGGCUCUGGGCCGCCGCUUCCACCCGGACCACUUCACAUGCACCUUCUGCCUGCGCCCGCUCACCAAGGGCUCUUUCCAGGAGCGCGCCGGCAAGCCCUACUGCCAGCCCUGCUUCCUGAAGCUCUUCGGCUGACAGCCCGCCCGGCUCGCCCCCUCCCCCGGAGGCCGCGCCCUCCCUGAAAAGCCGGGUCCUCCAGACCCCGAGGCCUUGAUCUCGGAGGGUGAGCCCCCACUCAAUGGAGAGCCCCGCCCCUAAGGUACUCUGAGUCCUCGGGGGGUCAAGUUCAGAAGAGGCCCAGCCAGACCUAAACCCACACGCCCCCAAAGUGGAUCGCACACAGAGAGCUCCUGCGCGAGCCUCCACUCUAUUCCCACCCUUGAGGGAGCCCCUUGACUAGGGGAAAGUCCUUGCAAUUCCAGCGAAUCUGAGGCCAGGCCAGGACGCCCUUGCUCCCUGCACCCUCACUGUUCUGUGCACUUUUUCUACCUACAUAAACACGCCCAUUCCACGUC